AUGCCCCUUUUGGAAAGUCGCCUUGGCUGGCGCAGCUACUCGGCCAAUGCUGAGAAGCUGCGCCAUGGUCCUCUCGGUCACCGUGCUUUCGUUGCUCUUGGAAGUAACCUAGGUGACCGGAUAGCCAUGAUCGAGCAAGCCUGCAAUGCUAUGGAAAGUAAAGGUGAUAUCCGAAUUCUGCGCACGAGCAGCUUGUGGGAGACGAAGCCCAUGUAUGUAGAGGACCAGGGAAGCUUUGUGAAUGGAGCGUGCGAGAUCGAGACUUCGCUCAACCCCAUGCAGCUGCUCGACAGGCUGCAAAGCAUUGAGAACGAGCUCGGCCGGGUGAAGGUCAUUGAAAAGGGACCUCGCAAUAUCGACCUGGACAUCCUGCUCUACGAGAACGAGGUCAUCGAGACAGAAAGGCUGUCCGUUCCCCACAAGCUCAUGCUGGAGCGUGAGUUUGUCCUGCGGCCUCUCUGUGAACUGAUACCCGAUGCCAUCCCACCAAACGCCGGAUCAGAGCCUCUGCAAGAGCACCUCGCCCACCUCCCCCCGUCCGACCCUCCUCUCUCCACCAUGACGCCCCUGACACCGACCAUGGCCCCCAUCAGAGCCCUCCAAAGCGACCGGAGCACCCACGUCAUGUCCAUCCUCAACCUAACGCCCGACUCCUUCUCCGACGGCGGCGUCAACCUCGCACCGGAGCCCAACUCGCCCGCCCACCUCGCCGCCGUCAAGCAGACGAUCCUCUCGCACAUCGCCGCCGGCGCCACCAUCAUCGACAUCGGCGGCCAGUCCACGCGGCCCAACGCCCCGCAAGUCUCGCCCGCCGAGGAGCUCGCGCGCAUCCUACCGACCAUCCAGCUGCUGCGCUCUCUCCCGGAAGCCGCCGGCGUCGCCAUCAGCAUCGACACGUACCGCGCGAGCGUCGCGGCGGCCGCCAUCGCCGCCGGCGCGCACAUCAUCAACGACGUCUCGGCCGGCCUGCUGGACCCGGACCUGCUGCCGACCGUCGCCCGCCUCGGCUGCUCCGUCUGCCUCAUGCACAUGCGCGGCACGCCCGACACCAUGACCAAGCUGACGCAGUACCCGCACGGCGUGCUGCACGGUGUGUCUGAAGAGCUGGCCGCCCGUGUGCGCGUCGCCGAGGCGGCCGGCAUCCGCCGCUGGCGCAUCAUCCUCGACCCCGGCAUCGGCUUCGCGAAGACGCAGGAGCAGAACCUCGAGCUGCUGCGGCGGUUGGGCGAGCUGCGGGACGUGCCGGCGUUCAGGGGCCUGCCGUGGCUGGUCGGCAGCAGUCGGAAGGGGUUCGUGGGGAAGAUUACGGAGGUGAAGGAGCCGAGAGAGAGGGUCAUGGGGACGGCCGUGACGAUGGUUGAGACGGUCAAGAUGUCGGAUGCCAUUUGGAGAUUUUGA